AUGGACAUUGCGACGCCUCAGAUGCCCUUCAUCUUUGCUUCCACGGCAACAAACCUAAGCGCACAAUGCCUCGCCAACAAUCUGCCCCAGCCGUCUCUGUUCGGCGCCGAGAUCCUGAGCGUCACAUCCUCCCUGGUGUCGAACUACACGGCCUCGUUCCCCCCUCCGGAUUUCACCAAUUCGGAUCCUCCUAGCUAUGGCGCAGCAACAGACCUCUCGUUCUGCAACAUUACCGUGGCAUACACCCACCCGAGCCAGAACGAUACCAUCAACGUGAAUCUAUGGCUGCCAGUAUCUGUAUCGGAGUCUGCCUCCGCCUCCGCCACCGCCAAUGCCACCACUCCCGACGACUGGACAGCAGCACCAGCACCAGUACCAGUACCCUUAACAACGCCCGCAUGGAACGGCAGGUUUCUAUCUCUAGGAGGAGGCGGCUACGUGAUGGGCCCACCCGACAUUGACGCCCACGUGUCCCUGACCCAAGGCUACGCCAUCUCCAGCACCGACGGCGGCCACAGCCGCACCGUCGGAUCCAGUGAGCCGUGGGCGCUCGUGUCGCCAGGAAACGUCAAUCUAUAUCUCCUGCAAGACUUUGCCUCUGUCGCACUGCACGAUAUGGCCGUGAUCGGGAAGGAGAUAGUAAAGUCCUUCUACGGCGUUGCUCCGAGCUACAGUUACUUCAAGGGCUGUUCGACGGGCGGUCGCCAGGGUCUGAUGCUCGCGCAGCGCUACCCGGACGACUACGACGGCAUUCUUGCCGCAGCGCCGGCCAUCUACUUUCCCAAACUGCUGAUGAGCCACUACUGGGCGCAAGUCGUGAUGAACCAGCUAGGCAAAUACCCUCAUGGAUGCGAACUCGAUGCCAUCAACGCAGCUCUCGUUGACGAAUGCGACGACCUGGAUGGUGUCAGGGAUGGCGUCGUGGCAGCCGUGGACGCCUGUCAUUUCGAUCCGUUCAAGCUGGUCGGCACGUCCAUCUCGUGUACAGAGCGUUACGCAGAUGCAGAUGCACACGGAGAGCCAGUAGCGCACUCCCUCAACAUCAGCCACGCCGCCGCUCAUGUCGCACUGUCAGUCUGGCGUGGCCCUGUGGAUGCAGAUUCCUCCAACACCACUCUCUGGCCUGGCCUAGUGCCCGGCUCGCCACUGUCCAUCUUCGCCGGGACCUCGUGUUUCCGAAACGGCAGCUGCACGGGCUCUCCGAACCUGUUGACCCACGAAUGGAUCCGGCUGUUCAUGUACAAAGACCCGACGCUGGACCUGGCGGACCUGGCGAGACUCGUCACCCAUGAAACCUUUGUCCAGUUGUUCCAUCAGUCCGACGAGCUGUACCACUCGUUCAUAUCGACCAGCGACCCGGAUCUGGGCUUGUUUGCCCGUCGCGGCGGCAAGAUCAUCACCUGGCACGGUCUGAGCGACGAGGCCAUCAUGCCUGAUCAGUCGCGUCUGUAUUAUGACCAUGUGGUAGCUUUGGCUGCAGAGAGGAAAAACAAGAGUCGAUCCACUAAGGGGUCAGUGAGCGAUGACAAAACCACGGGCAAAGACAGGGAAAAAAGCAAAGAGAAGACUCCAACACAAGACCUCGGCAACGUGACAGAUUACUACCGUCUCUUCCUCGCCCCUGGCGUCCAACAUUGCGGCUAUGGCCCCGGCGCCCUACCUAUCAACGUGAUGGAGAGGCUCCGCGAUUGGGUCGAAUACGGAGUUGCGCCGGAUGUCUUGGAGGGCGAGAGCUUUCCAGAUCACACCCGCUACCCCGGAACAGACGGGGAAACAGUCGAUAUCAGUGGGAACCAGUUUGUCGACGAUAAGAAAAAGUUCACCCGCCCGGUGUGCAUGUACCCCUUGGUCGCGCGGUACGUAGGCCACGGCGACCCUCGGCGUGCGGAAAAUUUCGAAUGCGCAGAGUCGUUCUUUUGA